AUGUCUUCUCUUCCUAAACCUACUAAUGUAAAUGGCGUCAAGGCUGACCCUAAGUUUUUGAGAGAUCCUUCUGCAUUGGAAUCUAUUUCGUCAGCUAUAUAUGAGUUAUCUUCUUACGUAGCUUAUUCUCUUCCGACUUCACUUGCGUCGUUACGUAAGAAUCCUACAAAUCCUACAAAUGACUAUCAAUCGUCGAUAAAUUAUCAUAAAGGCCAUUUAUCACAUCAAUUUGCCAGCGAUGUAGAUUCUGUGCCUGAUGGACUUUUUGAGAAAAAAAAAGACGUAAUUGUAUAUGCGGCAUUCGAUGAAAUUUUGACAUGUUCUAAUGAUGCUUAUAAAAGCGCAAAAAAUCAAUCAGUUCUUUUUUUGGGAUAUCCUGACGGAUUUCAGAUAUGGGACAUAUCAAGUGCUGAUAAUAUUUACGAGCUUAUAUCAAUUAGAGACGAAGAAAAUCUUGGUCAAGUCAUAUGCAUAAAGCCAUUACCUAAUCCACGUCAUAUAUCUAAAGAUGUUAUCGACAAGUAUGCAGAAGUUCGUCCAUUGAUUGGAUUAGUCUGUAUAUUGACACCACCACGAGAAAACGAUAUACUCCCAAAACCCAAAAGUGUGUUAAAAUUCUUUUCGUUAAAAACACAUAAAAUCAUCAAAUCAAUGGAAUUUGAGGAUGAUGGUAAUAUAGUCAGCUUGAAUUGUAAUGAACGAGUCAUUGUUGUGAGUCUCGUUAAUCCGGCGAAACUUCAUGUUAUUUCAUCAUCAACCUUGCUACCAUUGUCUUUUUCACCGUUGCAAGACGUUGCAGCGCAUCCUUCUACCCGUGUUCCAGUGUUCGCCUUAGGGCCUCGAUUAUUGGCUUAUGCAACAACGAGUCAUCCUCCAGAAAAUAAUGUUAAAAAGGAUGGCUAUGUGAUGAGUGACAGUGAUGAGGAAGUUAGGGCAACGGGAAAAUAUCGAGUUGCUAAGGAUGUUGCAAAAGAAGUUGUUAAUGGUGUAAAGCUUUUAGGCGAUUAUGGAUACCAGACACUUUCUUCGUACUUUAAUAACUCAAAUCCACAGACUUCCUCGUCAAAACCACAACCCACUAUGCCAAUAAAUAUAAACAAUCACGCCGAUGCGAUGGGUCAUGUUUCACGUGGUUCGUUUUCAACACAGACUAGCCCAUCCAACGGAUAUUAUUACAACCCAAGGGUUGGAAGUAGUAAUGGAGAAAGUAAUAAUGGAAUAAGUUUAAAUGGUAUUGCAAGUAGUUUUGAGAAUGACAAAGAGAAAGGUGCAGUUGGAGCGGUACUCAUACGCGAUCUUGGUAUAUCAUGCGAUGAACAAAAAAAGCAAUCCAAUGUUAUUGUUUAUUUUUCACCACACACCAAUCCUGUUGGAUAUUUAUCGUUCAGCCCAUCAGGAACUUUUUUGCUCUCGACAUCAGUUCAAGGUCAUCAAUUUCACGUGUUUGAGAUCAUUGGUAAACGUCGUCGAAGUAAGAAAACUUUAAAGCAUGUGUAUCAACUAUCGAGGGGAUAUACGAAUGCUAUUAUUGGUGAUGGAGGUGUAGGUUGGAGUGAUGAUUCUAGGUGGUGUGCUGUAGCUAGUGGACGAGGAACUAUUCACUUAUUUGCGAUCAAUCCAUAUGGCGGUCCUGCUCAUGUACCUUCUCACAUUGCAGGAUGGGUUAAUAAUGCAGAUGAAUCGUAUAAAUUAACUACACAGUCAGCCGUGAUUCGUAUUAAGCCACGUACACCUCUACCAUCAGAUUCGACCGAUGUUGUUGAUAGUACUUUACAAGGCACAAAUAUGCCCCUCAAUAAUUAUGAAUAUUCCUUUCCAUCUACAGAAACAAAUACACUUCCUAUUGAUCAACAAUCACAUCAUCCAAAUCAAUUGCAUCGUGGAAAUUUAAACGGUCUUUAUACACAAUAUAAUGUACAACAUCCCGCGUUACAUUAUAAUACAUUGCCAUCUGUAUUUCCGAAUAAUUACUUAAGGAAACCCCCAGGAAUUUGUGUCAAAUUUUUACCUUCUGUAUCUAAUUGUUCUAUAUCAAGUUCAAAUAAUGUGUUAUUAAUUGCAAAUUUACAUGCAAGGAGACAAAUUAAAAGACGACCACCACUAAAUUUGGUGCCUGAAGGCGCUUCUAAUAAUGGCGAAACUGGUCGCAGGAGAUCUCAUUCAUGGUCUCAGAAUUAUACUUCAAGUAACACAUCUAAUUAUCUUGAAUUUGAAACUAAUGAUAACAAAUUUGAUAUUGGUUAUCAAGAUCUGUGGAGUUUUAAUCCUUCGGGUAUUUUGACACUGCACCGUGUGUGGAUAGAAGGGGUAGCGUCUGAUCAAACUUCUAAUCAAGGAACAAAAGAUGAAUCAAAUAAUAGUAAUGUAAUUACAAUUGGUGGUACACCACUAGUAGGAAAUGUAGCUGCAGUUGCUAAUGUUGGUAGAGCGUUGGUUGGUAGUGCAGCAGGCGUUGUAGGUAUGGGAAUGGAAAUUGCAGCUAGUGCUGUUUUAAAAAAAACGAGCACUCUAGAUAUGAUUACCAGUUACGAAGAUGUUGCUGAAUGGCAACUAAUUCGCGACGCUAAUUGGGCUGAAGUAAAAAAUGUCAUAGAAGCUCCAAAACAAUGCAAUAUCGAAAAUGAAAUAGCUAAAAGAGAAAGCGAUAAAAAAAAAUGGCUUGCUAAUGCAGAAAUUGUAACAUAUACCAGUUCAAAAGUAUCUUUACCUCCACCUUUGUGGGCGACACCACAAUUUACAUUUCAAACAUUUUUGCCUGGUUAUAAAGAUGCUAUAAAUAAAGGAGAAGUACCUCGUUCAAAAAAGAUAGAAAUACGAAGGGAUAUUGUAGAAAGGAUAGAAACCAGUGAUGAAUCAGAUGGAGUUAAUGGAUUUAUGAAUAAUGAAGAAGGCAUUCAUAGAAAUGAUAGUAGAACAGGUAAAGCGGUUCUCAUUCCAGCCGGUAAAGCUAUUGGUAAAGGUACUGGUGACAUUUCAGCAAAUCUAUCAACAGCAAUGUGUACAUCACUUGAUUUUACAUCGUCUAGUCCGACACUUUUAGCUGUUAACAAUAAGUCCAGAGAUCGUAUGUCAAAUGGCAGCUCUAAUGGAAACACAUGUCUAAAGAUUGCAGAUGAUACAUCCACAACACCUUUAUCCUUUGAGGAUGCAUAUCAUAUCCAUAUUGCAAAUAAUAUUCCUACUAUGACAUCAGCAAAAUUCACAGCGUUGAAUAAUAGAAGUAAUAUUUUAUCAGAAUUUUCAAAUAAUACGACAUUUGUUCGGCAGUCACAUUCAUCUGAUACACAAUCGACAUCAUCAUCAUCCAUGGCAUCUGAAACCACAUACAGUGAUGAUUCAGAAAAAUUAGAUUAUAGAGAGAAUAGUAUAGGCGAAAAAGAAGGAAACUUUUUCUUUUCGCCUGAUGGGGAUAAUGAAGUAGAAUUACCUACUGAUAGCAUUAUAUUACCUCGUAAUAGGUAA